ACUCCGAUCUCUCUAAUCUUCAAUGGCUUCCAUUGCUGCUUCUUCUUCUACUUCUCUGCUAGCUCGUCCUCGCCAACUGGCGAUUGCGGCUAAUCAAGUUAAAUGCUUUAGCUAUGGAAGAAGAACCAAUCUUUCUUUUAAUCUCCGCCAGCUUCCUACCCGCUUGAGUGUUUCCUGCGCUGCAAAACCUGAGACAGUGGAGAAGGUGUGUGCAGUUGUCAGAAAGCAACUCUCACUUAAAGAGGAAGACGAAGUUACCGCUGCCACCAAAUUUCUUGCACUUGGUGCUGAUUCUCUUGACACGGUGGAGAUUGUGAUGGGACUAGAGGAAGAGUUUGGGAUUGAAAUGGCGGAGGAGAAAGCACAGUCAAUCGCAACAGUUGAGCAAGCAGCUGAGCUCAUUGAGGAGCUCUUGUUGGAAAAGGCCAAAGUGGAAAAUUCUCUGGUUCAGAAAUAUUGCAAUCAAAGUUCACAGUACGGAGAACGAUAUUUCUAUAAGUUUUGCAUUGCGUCUCUCGAAGAGAAUGUGGAAAGUCAGAAAGCAAGAAAUACCGAUGAUUUAACAUUGAUAGGAACGAAUAACGCUUUAUCAAACCUAACAAAUGUGAAAAGAAUUGUGGAGAAGAUUCUAAACGAGAGGAAAUAUAAGAGCAUGCUGAGUAAGAAGUUGUUGCAAAAUUGCCUUAAGCUUUACUCUGAAGGCUAUGACGCGUUAACCUCAGCUUUGAAGUACAUCAAAGUGCACGAUUUGCUUAAACUUUCGUUUCGUUUGAAGAAAGCAAAAGAAGCACCAAGCAUUUGCGAAAUGGGAUUCAACGGCGACAACCAACAAAUAUCUCCAGUGAAGAAAGAAAACGAUAUUCUCUUCGACGUGAUCAACAUUCCUUACAUGUUUAAUUUUAAUAGACAUCGUUAGAUUAGCGCCUAAAAAAGAAUAGGAGGCAUGCAUGAUUUAUAUUUUAAUUAAAAAUAUGAAAGACAAGAUUAAAUCUGUUAAUCAAAAUGGUGUUAAUUU